CUCAAAUUGAUAAAGUUGUUUUCUUGAUUUGCUGGUGCUUUUUCUAUUUGCAUGUGUUUUCUGAAGUUGCAGCGCGUUGAGCUCUCUCGGCCACUGUAAUUUCCAACUAUAACAGACAAGUAUGUGAAGAUUAUGUCAAUGUUUCUUUAAUAGCCUAUAAGAAGUCAUAAGGAUCACCAUUCUCCCUGCAAGACAUACCCAUCUUAAUAACAAGCUCUCAUCGCACCCAAUGACUGCUAGAGGCAUCUCUCUCUCUCUCUCUCUCUCUCUCUCCUCACACGAUGAGCAAGUUGUAACAGGAACUCAACUUCUUGAAGCUCAUCUCGGAAACCUGCAUCACAAAGCGGAGCAAUCAGCGCUGAAGCCUGGCGCGACGGAGCGGAUCUCUGGAUGUAUUUUACAAUGGGUCCGGAUCUCACGUUACAAUCUAUCGGACGAGGAAAGCUAAAAUUUACAUUAAACACUGAGACGAUCUGCACUGCAAAUGGAUGUUCAGAAACGUGCUACGUUUUAUCUGACAGUUUAUGAAGCCGGUUGUAAAGCGUCAUUUCCAAGUUUAGUUCAAUGUGGAAACGCAAGGCUUGUUUUUCCUUUCUGUCCACGAUUUGACGGUCCAACUGACCUUUAUGUAACUAUGAUCUAACUGAAGGCGCGUUCGUCUGCGAGCAUCAUCCGUGGACAGCACCUGGAGGACUCUAUCAGCGGCUACAGCAUCACCAAUGGCGUGAUCAUCCGGUUCAUUGUCUUUGCAAUGGAUGAUAAAUCCAACAAACUCCUUUUAGUUCCUGUUUUGACCGUUUUAUUUGUCAUGAUCGGUUAUCAGUACAUCUGUCCAGCGGGGAGCACGUCUUGUCGGUUUGGUAACGGAGAGAGUUUUCCGUUCUCCAAAUAUCCAGCGGACGUCAAGAGAGAGUCUCCGGAUCCGGACGAGGACGCUCCGUUCAGAUUCCCGUCUAAAUACAACUUCACGCGCGAGGACCUCUAUCGCCACGUGGAUUUCGAAAUCAAGGGGAACGACGUGAUUGUGUUCCUCCACAUCCAGAAGACCGGAGGAACGACGUUCGGGAGGCACCUGGUGCGCAACAUCCACCUGGAGCGACCGUGCGACUGCCGCUCAGGACAGAAGAAAUGCACGUGUCACCGGCCCGGUAAAGCGGAGUCGUGGCUCUUCUCGCGCUUCUCCACGGGAUGGAGUUGCGGUUUGCACGCGGACUGGACCGAGCUCACGAACUGCGUCCCUGCUGUGAUGAAUAAAAAGCAAAAGAAAGACGCGCCAUUGAACAGGCGGAACUUCUACUACAUCACGCUGUUGCGGGACCCCGUGUCGCGUUACCUGAGCGAGUGGAAGCACGUGCAGCGCGGCGCCACGUGGAAGACAGCACUGCACAUGUGCGAUGGCCGUCCUCCCACUCCAGACGAGCUGCCGGCCUGCUACAGCAGCGAAGACUGGACCGGCGUGUCUCUGGAGGAGUUCAUGGCCUGUCCCUCGAACCUGGCCAACAACCGGCAGACUCGCAUGCUGGCCGAUCUCAGCCUGGUGGGCUGCUACAACCUGUCCUCCAUGAGCGAAGAACGGCGCGCCGAGCUGCUCCUCAGCAGCGCCAAGCGCAACCUGCUUCGCAUGGCGUUCUUCGGCCUAACUGAGUUCCAGCGCAAAACACAGUUCCUUUUUGAGAGGACGUUCGGCUUGCACUUCAUCACCGCCUUCACUCAGAUUAACGGGACGCGGGCGGCCGGGGUCACGGUUGGGACGCCCACCCGGAGGCGCAUAGAGGAGUUGAACGCACUAGACAUGCAGUUGUACGAAUAUGCGCGGGAGCUUUUCUCGCGCCGCGUGCAGUACUGCCACCAUCAGGAGCGGCAGGAGGAGAGAGAGAGAAAACGACAGCAACGCAGGAGAAUGAAGGAACAGAAAGCAUCGCAGAUUCAACCACAGGAGGAUGAUGAACGAAAAGACCCAGAUCAGGAAAAUACGGAGUUAACUGGGGUGACGGAGGACUACAGCAGUCAGGUGUUGAGAACCACUGCAAGGAAUGAGGUUAUCCCACAGUGCAAUUUGCGCAACCUGACCUUCCUUUCCCAGACUGAACAAUGAAACAGAAUCAAGAUAAGCUGUGAUUGAUAUGCACAAUAUAUCAGUACUGUAACAGCCGAUAUUAAGGAUUUUUGACAUUUGUAACCCAGGACCACAAAACCAGUCAUAGGACAAUAUGUGGCUGAGAUACAACUAUUUGAAAUUCUGGAAUCUGAUGGUGCAAAAAAUCAAAAGAAAAUUGCCUUUAAAAUUGCCCAAUUGAAGUCCUUAGCAAUCCAUAUUACUAACCUAAAAUUACGUUUUGACAUAUUUACGGUAGGAAAUGUACAAAAUAGCUUAAUGGAAAAUGAUCUUUACUACAUAUCCUAAUGAUGAUUUGGCAUAAAAGAAAAAUCAAUAAUUUUGAACCAUACAAUGUAUUGUUGGAUAUUGCUACGAAUAUACCUGUGCUACUUAUGACUGGUUUUGUGGUCCUGGGUCACAUUUAAUUUCCUGGGUUUUUACAUUUAGAUUACCAUUCAAUUUUAGAAAACUGGUUACCACUUCUGUGUAAGUGUUGAAGCAGUGACAUCAGUGUUGACAUUUUUCUCUCUUCUGACCAACAUAAUCUUUAGAUAUUUUUUCCUUCUUUUGGAUAGCCAUAGAAAUACCAUUGUGGAUUUUUUUUGGGAAUGCAAAAAAUUAAUAUGUUGUAGUUUCCAUUCGCCACCUUUGAAGUUUACCCUACUAUGAUGACCAGAACAGUAGAAAUCAAGCGUAGCAUUAGUUCUGGUAGGUCAUGUUAGUCAAGCUCGUAUCAGCUGACUCUCAGCUGAUCCACCUCUACCUAUAGGGAUGCGACACCUACCACAGCACCCAUGUAUAAGGUCCUUCAGUAUUAUCACCAGCUUUUGCGUUUCUCAAAAGCUAAUUACCCACCUCCAUCCCCAACUCCUCCUUUCAUCCGUCAGGAUUCGGCCUUCUGAUUCUCCUUUGAAUCAGACUAAUUUCUAAAAUGUUACAUUAAAUUAGUGCUGUCA